CACGUUUGAUUUGUGUGAAAGGCACCUACUGAGAGUCCUUAAAGGGAAUCAAAGUGUGGUGAAAAUGUGAAUUUGUCCAUCUGGUACUCUGGUGGUGAAUUUUGAAAUCCUUAAAUCCCGAGAGAAACAUUUGACAAAUGACAGAACGCCAAGAGAGAGAGAAAAAAAGUUUUCAAUUUAAAGUAAUAUGAAUAAAAAAAGCAACAACGCUAUCAUUGCUAUAAUUGCAACAGCUGAUUUGCAUUGAACUUCGAUGUUAAGCGCAUUCAUGCAUCUUACACAAACAACGACUGUGAACAUGAACAUAGUCAGAGAUAAGGCGGUACGGAGCAUGUGUGUUAGUUAAAAACACGAAGUGAAUCAGUUUAUUUUGUGCGGCGGUGAAAGAAAGACGCUGGUUUUAACAGAGCUGGCUAAAUCAACGAUAUUCAAACGGAAAAAAUGUCACAUUUAAGCUCAAAUGAGAAAGAAUCAGAAGCCAACUACACGGCUGUGGAGAUAAAUGGUCAACCUAAGCAGUCGUCCUCAAGCAGCAGCCCAAUCUAUGCCGUUGUAAAUACAUGUCAACGCCAAUGGAGAGAGAAUGGACUGAUCAAACUCAUUUCAAUCGCCGUGGGCAUAUUUCUAUCGUACUUUGUAGUGGGCAUUUUACAAGAAAAGAUUGUGCGAGUUCCUUACAUCGGCUCCGAUAAAAAAGAGGAAAAAUUCAAACACGUCACAACAUUGGUUGGAGUAAAUUUUAUAUUUUCUUUUAUUUUCAUGAAAGUAUUGGAUGUCUUAAAGCCAGAAGAGGAAAAGGACAAAACAAAGUUGUGGUAUUACGCACUUGCAUCAGCCGCAAAUACCUCAGCAAUGAUUUCAUCAUACUCUGCUUUGAGAUGGGUCACAUAUCCAAUGCAGGUGAUUUUCAAAUCGGCUAAGCCACUAUCGGUCAUGAUGUCUGGCUUGUUGAUCUGCAAACGAUACGCAAUUCAGCGGUAUUUCUUCGUUUUAAUCAUCGUAACCGGUGUGGUGUUCUUCAAAUAUUUCGAAGAAAAACCAGAAAAGAAAGCAAAAGAUGGUCAACCAAUUGCGAACGAAAAAACUACAAAAGAAGAAAGUGACAUCGACUAUCAAAUGCUUGGAACGGCUUUGCUACUUCUUUCGCUUUUUUUCGAUGGAUUAUUGGGAGCUGUUCAGGAUAAAGUGAGAGAAAAAUUUGCGCCAAGUUCACGAAAAUUUAUGCUGGGCAUGAGUGCAUUUGGCUCUUUGAUUACAUCUGUUGUGAUUAUUGUCACCGGUGAAAUUGUGCAUGUGUAUGAAUUUAUCGGUCGUCAUCCCGAUAUUUUGUGGCACAUUGCGGUGUAUGCGAUUUGCAGCGUUGUUGGUCAAUUAUUCAUUUUUGCGAUGGUGGCCAAUUUCGGUUCAUUGGCAUGUAGUGUUACAACAACCGUACGAAAGUUUUUCUCCGUACUAUUUUCAAUCAUAUUCUUUGGCAAUCCGUCAACACCAUUGCAGUGGGUCGGUGCAAUUUUCGUAUUUUCGGGACUAUUUGCAGAUGCUUUCUUCGGUAAAAAACAUUCAAAACCAUCGCAGCAACAAAAUGAGACGGAAUUGAUGGAACAUACAACUGACAAACUGAUGCCAAAUUCCGAAGAAAAACCAACGACAGCCAAAAACAAUUCCACACAACAAAAUGCACAGGAAAUAGUCUAAUUUAAUAUCUAGAUAAUAAUUGAUUGAGCGAGAAUGAGUGGGAGACUUCUCACUUCAAAGGAAUAUUUCAAACAAAUCUCAUGAGAAGUCACACAUUCAUUCUCGAGUAUUCAGUUUUCAGUAAAAACGUUAUAACGUUCCAUUUUAAAUGCCAAACAAUCAACAUUCAUAGUUUACAAAACUUUUUUUUUUACCAAAUGCAAUAUUAUUAUUAUUAUUAUUAU